CUUGGGGGUUUCUAAGAGCCACUGUUCUAGUUAUGUUGGAUGACCUUUUUCAUACUAGUGGCAAAUAAAGUGAUUUUUGUUUAUAGAAUGUUUAUGGACACUCCUGAAGAUGAAAAGACAAAACUGAUUAGCUGCCUGGCGGCCUUCAGACAGUUUUGGGGUGGUCUUCCUCAGGAAUCUCAUGAACAGUGUAUCCAGUGGCUUGUUAAAUUCAUUCAUGGCCAGCAUAGUCCUAAAAGAAUUUCUUUUCUUUAUGACUGCUUAGCAAUGGCAGUCGAGACUGGCCUUCUUCCACCCAGGAUGGUUUGUGAAUCCCUGAUAAACUCUGAUACUCUUGAAUGGGAAAGAACACAGCUUUGGGCCCUAACAUUUAAACUGGUUCGGAAAAUAAUUGGUGGAGUGGAUUACAAGGGUGUUCGAGAUCUCUUAAAAGUGAUUUUGGAGAAAAUCUUGACAAUUCCCAAUACAGUGAGCUCAGCUGUUGUACAGCAGCUACUAACAGCGAGAGAGGUUAUAGCAUACAUCUUGGAAAGAAAUGCCUGUUUGUUACCAGCCUAUUUUGCAGUCACAGAGAUCAGAAAACUAUAUCCUGAGGGGAAACUUCCACACUGGUUACUUGGAAACCUGGUAUCAGACUUUGUGGAUACCUUCAGGCCCACAGCAAGGAUAAACUCCAUUUGUGGCCGCUGCAGCCUUCUACCAGUUGUAAAUAACUCAGGUGCCAUUUGUAAUUCAUGGAAAUUGGAUCCUGCAACUCUUCGUUUUCCUUUGAAAGGCCUUUUGCCAUAUGAUAAGGAUCUGUUUGAACCACAGACUGCUUUGUUGAGAUAUGUAUUGGAGCAGCCUUAUUCCAGGGAUAUGGUCUGCAAUAUGCUAGGUUUAAAUAAGCAGACCUUGAACAUUGCUCAGCACAAGCAGCGCUGCCCUGUGCUGGAGGACCAGUUGGUGGAUCUGGUGGUCUAUGCCAUGGAGCGAUCUGAGACAGAGGAGAAGUUUGAUGACGGGGGAACAAGCCAACUCCUGUGGCAGCAUCUCUCGAGUCAGCUCAUUUUCUUUGUGCUUUUCCAGUUUGCAAGUUUUCCACAUAUGGUCCUUUCUCUUCAUCAGAAGUUAGCAGGGCGAGGACUGAUUAAAGGCAGAGAUCAUCUGAUGUGGGUUCUCCUGCAAUUCAUUUCCGGAAGUAUACAGAAAAACGCACUGGCUGAUUUUCUCCCCGUCAUGAAACUCUUUGACCUUCUGUACCCAGAAAAAGAAUGUAUCCCAGUUCCUGAUAUUAACAAACCUCAGUCAACUCAUGCUUUUGCAAUGACUUGCAUUUGGAUUCAUCUUAAUAGAAAAGCCCAAAAUGACAACUCCAAGCUACAGAUUCCAAUACCUCAUUCCCUAAACCUUCACCAUGAGUUCCUACAGCAGAGUCUUAGAAAUAAGAGCUUACAAAUGAAUGACUAUAAGAUUGCCCUGCUGUGUAAUGCAUACUCUACAAACUCAGAAUGUUUUACAUUACCCAUGGGAGCUCUGGUAGAAACUAUCUAUGGAAAUGGAAUUAUGAGGAUACCUCUUCCUGGAACAAGCUGUUUGGCUUCAGCAUCUAUUACUCCCUUACCAAUGAACCUGCUGGAUUCACUGACAGUUCAUGCCAAAAUGAGCCUUAUCCACAGCAUUGCUACCAGAGUGAUAAAACUUGCUCAUGCAAAGUCCAGUGUUGCCUUGGCUCCAGCCCUGGUGGAAACUUACAGUCGGUUAUUGGUCUAUAUGGAAAUAGAGUCUUUGGGCAUCAAAGGAUUUAUCAGUCAGCUUUUGCCCACUGUUUUCAAGUCUCAUGCCUGGGGGAUCUUACACACUCUUCUUGAGAUGUUCAGCUACCGGAUGCAUCACAUUCAGCCUCAUUACAGAGUUCAGCUCUUGAGUCAUCUUCAUACCUUGGCUGCAGUUGCACAGACAAACCAGAACCAGCUCCAUCUCUGUGUUGAGAGCACUGCACUUAGGCUUAUAACAGCCUUAGGAAGCUCGGAGGUACAGCCACAGUUCACACGCUUCCUUAGUGAUCCCAAAACAGUGCUCUCUGCAGAAUCUGAAGAACUGAACCGAGCCUUGAUAUUGACGUUAGCUAGAGCAACUCACGUGACAGAUUUUUUUACAGGCUCUGACUCUAUUCAGGGAACUUGGUGUAAAGAUAUACUACAGACCAUCAUGAGUUUUACUCCUCAUAAUUGGGCUUCACAUACUCUUAGCUGUUUUCCAGGCCCACUACAGGCAUUCUUCAAACAAAAUAAUGUGCCUCAGGAAAGCCGUUUUAAUCUGAAAAAAAAUGUGGAGGAGGAGUAUAGGAAGUGGAAGUCAAUGAGCAAUGAAAAUAACAUCAUUGCUCACUUUUCUAAUCAAAGCUCUCCUCUCUUCCUUUGUCUUCUCUGGAAAAUGCUCUUGGAAACAGAUCAUAUUAAUCAGAUUGGCUAUAGAGUAUUAGAAAGAAUUGGAGCCAGGGCCUUGGUAGCCCAUGUGAGAACAUUUGCAGAUUUCCUGGUAUAUGAGUUCUCUACAUCAGCUGGGGGUCAGCAACUCAACAAAUGCAUUGAAAUUCUUAAUGACAUGGUAUGGAAGUACAACAUUGUAACAUUGGACAGAUUAAUUCUCUGCCUGGCCAUGCGUAGUCAUGAAGGAAAUGAAGCCCAGGUUUGUUAUUUCAUAAUUCAGUUGCUGUUACUCAAACCAAAUGACUUUAGAAACCGAGUAAGUGACUUUGUGAAGGAAAAUUCCCCAGAGCACUGGCUACAGAACGACUGGCACACCAAGCACAUGAAUUAUCACAAGAAAUAUCCAGAAAAACUGUACUUUGAGGGCCUGGCGGAGCAGGUGGAUCCUCCUGUGCAGAUCCAGUCCCCCUAUCUGCCCAUCUAUUUUGGAAAUGUGUGUCUCCGAUUCCUGCCAGUAUUUGAUAUAGUAAUCCACAGAUUUUUAGAGUUGCUUCCAGUAUCCAAAUCACUGGAGACUCUACUAGAUCACCUAGGAGGGUUAUAUAAAUUUCAUGAUCGUCCAGUGACUUAUUUGUAUAAUACUCUGCACUAUUAUGAAAUGCACCUGAGAGAGCGCGCAUUUCUCAAACGAAAACUCGUGCACGCGAUCAUUGGUUCACUCAAGGAUAAUAGACCCCAGGGCUGGUGUCUAAGUGACACUUACCUGAAGUGUGCUAUGAAUGCGCGAGAGGACAAUCCUUGGGUCCCAGACGACUCCUACUAUUGCAGAUUGAUUGGCAGGCUAGUAGAUACGAUGGCUGGCAAAUCUCCUGGUCCAUUUCCAAACUGUGACUGGAGAUUCAAUGAGUUUCCCAACCCAGCUGCCCAUGCACUGCAUGUUACCUGUGUGGAGCUCAUGGCCCUAGCUGUCUCAGGCAAAGAAGUUGGAAAUGCUCUUCUAAAUGUCGUGCUGAAAAGUCAGCCUUUAGUGCCGAGAGAGAACAUUACAGCAUGGAUGAACGCAAUUGGAUUGAUCAUCACUGCCCUACCCGAGCCAUAUUGGAUUGUCCUUCAUGAUCAAAUUGUGAGUGUUAUCAGCAGUCCCAGCUUGACAUCUGAAACAGAGUGGGUUGGCUACCCAUUCCGCCUCUUCGAUUUCACUGCUUGCCAUCAGUCCUACUCCGAGAUGAGCUGUAGCUAUACAUUAGCUCUAGCACAUGCUGUGUGGCACCAUUCUAGCAUUGGGCAGCUUUCUCUCAUUCCCAAGUUUCUCACUGAAGUACUUCUUCCUAUAGUGAAGACUGAAUUCCAGUUGCUUUAUGUGUACCAUCUUGUGGGACCAUUUUUACAAAGAUUUCAGCAAGAGAGAACUCGGUGUAUGAUAGAGAUUGGUGUGGCAUUUUAUGACAUGUUGCUGAAUGUAGACCAGUGUAGCACCCACUUAAAUUACAUGGAUCCCAUCUGUGACUUCCUGUACCAUAUGAAGUACAUGUUUACUGGUGACAGCGUAAAAGAGCAAGUAGAGAAGAUUAUCUGUAAUUUAAAACCAGCUUUAAAACUUCGUCUUCGAUUCAUCACACAUAUUAGCAAGGUGGAACCAGCUACAGUACCUCCACAAGCCAUAAAUAGUGGGUCUCCAGCACCUCAGUCUAAUCAGGUGCCAGUGUCUUUACCAGUAACUCAGUGAAGUCAGGGUGCGCCGUGGUGAAAUGGAGAUACACCUGUCUUUGAAAGUGGACUCAAACCUAUUAAAUCUGAACGUGGUCAUGCUACACAGUGAUGUAGUAGAAGCAGUGACGUUCAGAUUGUUCUAUUUUGAUUCCAGUGGUGAAUCUGUUGACACCUUAUAACUCCCAUCUCCCUGUCCAUACUUAUGUCUCUAAGAGAUCAAGUAAACUACAUGUUGUUCAUAUCCUUAGCAAUUUAUUAGAGCAGCCUAGGAAUAUCAAGGUAUCUGUGAUCAAAAGACUUUUAUUAGAUACUCUCAAUCUUUCCUAUUCUAGCCAUUGGUUUUGUUUUUAUAUUUUAUUAUUAUUGACUUAUUUAGCCUUCAAAUACAUUGUUUUAAAGGCACCACACAUGUAGAAUAGUUAUUGCAUAUCCUUUUAUACAUAAAUCUCAUUUGGUGUGUCUUUAAGAUAAGAGAUUUUUGUAAAGAAAAUUUCAUUGCAUUGCAGUAAACACAGUUCCAUGUUCUUUUUAAAUGGCUUAAAAUUUUUAUCAUGGACUUCUGGAUAAAUAAGCUAAUGUUUCUAAUCAAGGCAAGUUUUUGCCUUUGCUGUGGACUUGAAGUUAAUUGUAUGAAAUGAGUUGGAAGUGACAUAAGUAAAUAACAUAGCUAGAAAUGCAUAGACUUAAUAAAUUCAUGUUUAAAUAUUGAUUCUCCAAUCUCUGUUUUUAAAAACAAAUUGCCUUUCCAGGUUGUCACUCACCUGGCAGAUGAUGUGAUUCUUUGAAUUUUUAUAAUCUUAAAAUUUUUAAGUAUUUAUUUUUUAAAUGCAGUGUACAUUUUGGUUCUCUAGGGUUUAUUACAUUUUGAGAGACUUUAUGUUAAUGUGGGGGGAAAAUGGCAUUAAGAUUGUAAAAGACUUUAAAAAUAAUUAGUAAAAUCUGUUAAAUGAAUAAAUUGUCUGAUUGGUUACUCAGUUUAAA